ACGGUUCAUGGUCCCAGGGUGUCUGCGAAAUCGCAUCGGGUAGAGUCUUGUUUAUGGGUGUGUAGCACACCACACGUAUAAGCAGGAGGGUGCUAGGUGUUUAGGAAAUGUUUCCCUUCUUUGUGAUUUAGUUCGUGCUUCAGAGUCUGAACUAUCCACUAAUCAAUGAUCACUUGUGUUUCAGAAAACACAGUUAUGCCUCCACGUCGUAUCGUCGAUCAGAAUACUCAGGCAGAUGAGGCCUGUCCCACCCAUGGGAUGCGGACCCGUAAUAGGGCUCACACUCCAAAAUUUGUCCCUACUCCGGGAGUCCCUCCAGUCCCGACCAGUCCACCUCGGGCUCUGCGGACUAAUGUCAACCGUCCCCCAACUGCUCAAGGAGAUAUUUCAAAUGCAGAAUUCAGACGGUCUAUUCAUAUGCUGACACAGUUGGUAGCCAACCAGGCUCAACGAUCGAAAGAUGUUAGGUCUGCAUCUGUUACAUCUGAGGUUACUAGAGUCGGACAUUUCAUGAAGAUGAACCCACCUAAGUUCACUGGCACCAAGGUGGAGAAAGAUCCACAGGAGUUCGUGGAUGAGAUGGAAAAGAUCUUUAAGGUGAUGCAUGUGGAUGAGGUUGGGAGAGCGGAGGAAGCAGGAAAGAGGUGUAUCUUAACCAAAUUGCCGAAGAAUAGCUAUGCACUACCAGCCCCUUCAUCGGAUGCCAUCAAAUCUCAGAAUAACAACUGAGCGAAUUUCCGAAUCUUGGUACUAUUUAUGUUUGAAGCAUCUGCUCUAGACUUGGUGGACAGAGCUACCUAAUAUCUAUUGCUUGUGGGAGGUGACAGGUAUCCCAUGGAAUUAAUCAAGGUGCGUGCAAACUGACAUGACACCACGGUUAUACAAAAAAAGAAACAGAUGUUUUUUUCUUCCACUCUAUUUUUUUUCCUUGAUAAACAAAGAGUAGAAUGGAAAAAUUCACUCUUGAAUAAUGGGUUUCCCUGAAAAAAAUGAUGCAAAAACUAAAUGAUUUCUAGAUUCAUAUUAACUGCAAGCUAUUGAGAUAGCAUGCUUCUGGUAGUUUCUGUGUGUUGUUUUAUUGCUUUACAGUUGGUUGCUCUAUAAAACUGCCAAAAGGUAAUUAGAUCAAAUAGUUGUCUAUCAUUUCGUCGUAACGGACAUAGUUCAUUUCCUUUUUAAGCUGCCAGAUUACCUUUUGUCUUCUUCAAAUUGCCGGAGGCAACCUUAUGAUACUUGUCAGUGAUCUAUUAGAUAAUGCUGAGCUAUAUCUCAUCAUUUAAUUUACAGUUACAAUGACUCUACUAGCUACCAAGACUUACAUUUAGGCAUUUCAUUAUAGUUCCUGAGUUGAUAUGUCAAUCUUUGUUUUGUCAGAUAAAGAGAACUUAAUGAUGUUCACCUCAUUUAAUACAAAGUCUAAAUUCCAUCUCUCAUAAAAAGCAGCCGUGGAUUCCUAUCUUCUCAUACAGAAGAAUUGCUUUAACGCUUUAUAUUGCAAUCAAGGAGUUGAGACAUAUGAGUAACAAUUAGAGAUCCCAAGUUCUAAUCCAGCGACAACAAUAGAUGUGUGCCAAUUUGUUUCAACCUUGGUGAGUAGGUUUAUCCAACAGUUAAUCUUGUAGGUUGUCGCAGUCUGCAUGUGGAUUUAUUGAGGUUCACCCUACCCUAGGUGGCCCGAGCACCACUCCACGAAAAAGUAUUUUUAUACUUAAUGUCAUAAUUGAGUUUUAAGAAUUUUCACAUUCUAGUGAUAUGCAUAACUUGGUUGAUGGCCGUGACAAUACAAUUGCAACAACUAAUUUAUGUGUAUCAAAUAUAGUAUACAUGUAUUCUUCAAGUAUGGUAUUUGAAUUUGGAACUUACUGAUUCUCACAUUAACACUUAACACUACAACAACAACAUAAUACUAGUGUUAUUCCACAAGUGGGGUCUUGGGACAGUAGUGUGUACACAAACCUUACCCCCUACCUCCUGUUUUCGGUAGACCCUUAGCUUAAGAGAAAACAUAACAAAGAAAUCCGGGAAAAGGAAUACUAGAAGUGUAGAAGCGACGACAAAAUACUAAAGAUAACAUGACAGAACAUUCUGUGUCUGCAACAAAAUAAUACUAUAAUUGAAGUACACGAAAUAAUAAAUAAUAAUAGAAAUCGAAGUAUAAGAAAAUACAAGAGUAUUGCUUCAAUUCCUAGCAUGUAAGGUUAAGAAACACAAGAAUCAACUACUUACUAGUCUUAUACCCCAAUUUGUGUCCUUCAUAGCUUCCUAUCUAAGAUCUUGUCCUGGGUAAGCUGAAGUUGAGCCAUGUCCUGCCUAAUCACCUCUUUUCUUGAUACUUCUUCGGACUACCUCUACCUCUCCUAACACCUUCCAUAGCCAGCUCCAAAUUGGGACAUUUAUUCAUCUCUUCUUCAUAUGCUCGAAUCAUCUCAGUCUCGCUUCCUCGCUUCUUGCUUCUUAUCCUCUCCAAAGUUUGGGUAGAUUCGACCUUAGCCGAUGGAGCUUCCUUGCCCCUAUUUUUGGUGCUAAUCCUAGCUAGUUCAUUUGCACUGUGAAUGUACUUAGAAACAAUGGUUGCAACGACCACCAAUUAUUUUGCCAAAUAAGGUUAAUUUCAAUGACGUUAUCAUUAUUGGGAUUAGCAAAGAAGUAAGUGAAAUUAGUGUUUGAACAAGGAGGUCACAAGUAACCUUAAGAGGAGGAAGCAACAUUAGGGAUGCAAGAGAGGUGUGAGAUAGAGGUACAUUUUAAGCAUUAGAUAUAGAGGUGAAGGGGAGGUGGGUUGUAGAGGAAGAUAUUAAAGCAGCUAGGGCAGAAGGAACCUGCGUGGGAGUCGAGUAUACAUACAAUGCAAAGAUGGCGGUAGACACAUCUGUA